CUCUCUCUCUCUCUCUCUGGUGCUGGAGGAUGGAAAGAUGGCAUCUCCGAAGCCGUUGUCUCUCCACACACUGCCUCGCUCCACAGAGACAGCAGAAUUGGCGAUCGAUGUGAAAUGGAAGUGAGGGAGAGAUCGGCGGAGCGCAGACGUCCAGAAACAAACGGGAGAGCGUCUCGCGCUUUGGACGCGGCACCAAGCGAAUCUUUUGUGGCGUUUUUCAAGGCGUCGCGACGGCUUCCCGCAUCCGCACAUCCCCGGCAGCCUGCCCCACAGCCGGCGCGUUAACGGAGCCGUCAGCAUUACAAGGACAAGAGACUUAAACCAGAGGCGUGGGAAGUGAAUUCAGGAAGAAAAGAGGCCGGGAACGAUUUUGCGCAGUCCUCCACACGGAGGGGAGAGGAGAAAGAUGAGUGAGCAGAGUAUUUGCCAGGCCCGUGCCUCUGUGAUGGUCUAUGAUGACACCAGCAAGAAGUGGGUGCCCAUCAAACCAGGCCAGCAAGGCUUCAGUCGCAUCAACAUCUACCACAACACUACCAACAACACCUUCCGUGUGGUGGGGGUCAAAUUGCAGGAUCAGCAGGUUGUCAUUAACUACUCUAUUGUAAAGGGGCUAAAGUAUAAUCAGGCCACUCCUACAUUUCACCAAUGGCGUGAUGCCAGGCAGGUGUAUGGACUCAACUUUGCCAGUAAGGAAGAGGCCACCACCUUCUCCAACGCCAUGCUGUUUGCCCUCAACGUGCUCAGCACCCAGGAUGGAGGUCCAGCAGUUCAGCGGCAUGUACAGAAUGGCCCCACAGCAGAAGAACUGGAGGUGCAGAGAAGGCAGAUGGAGAUACAGCAACAGCAGCAGCAGCAAAUGCAGGCGCAUAUUGAGAGAGAGCGACGCUCAUCCAACUCAGGCUCCCCAUUUCAGGGACAUCCCGCAGUGCUCUCGGUGGCACCUCCAAGUAUUGUGCCACCUGUCAUGUCAAUUGGAGGCCCAUGCCCGCCUCCACCUCCUCCUCCUGCACCUCCUGGGCUUCCGCCUCCAACAGCAGGAGCCCCUCCUCCUCCUCCACCUCCCUUACCUCUGGGUGGAGGUGGGUAUGGAGGUCAUCAUCAUCACCACGAGGAUGCACACGCACCAACAGGCCUCGCCGCCAUGAUCGCUGGGGCCAAACUGCGCCGAGUGCAGAGGUCUGACGAGAGCUCAGGAGCCAAAAACGAUGCCAAUCGGACGAGCGGAGGAAGUGGAGGCCUGAUGGAGGAGAUGAAUGCCCUGCUGGCACGACGACGAAAAGCAGCAAGCCAGUCAGAGAAAGACGGAGACUGCCAAAAUGAUGAUGCAAAUUCCUCUCCAAUGUCUAGAGGACAGAACGCAGAUGGUGCAAAGAAGCCGUGGGAUCGAGCCAACUCCGCAGAGAGAUCAUCACUGGUAUCAAGAGUUCGACCCGUGGGCAGUAGCACUGACACAGACGCCUUAGACUUGGAUAGAAUGAAACAAGAAAUCUUGGAAGAAGUUGUUCGUGAAUUGCACAAAGUGAAAGAUGAAAUCAUUGAUGCCAUUAGACAUGAACUUAGUAGAAUUAGCACGACAUAAUCUCCCAGCCUCAUGUGACCCCUCUUUUACGAGCCCUGACCCCUGGCAGGAACUGCUGUAGCUGAAGAGGGGAUGACACCCAGCAACGUUACCGCCAUGUUAAAGCAAAUGGAUCAGUUUGCUUUAAUAUGUAGUCUACAUUGUGGUACUCCUCAGAUAUAAAAACAGAUGGAAGACACUUGCACUGACCUCUCUGUUUUCUGGUUUAAAUUUAUAUUGACCUUUUUACGUCUUUAAUGUCUUUAUAGGAAUUUGUUCUAGAUUUUUCCCCCUUUUUGGAUUGCUUUUGUUAUUAUUAUUAUUAUUAUUAUUAUUAUUAUUAUUACUAUUAUUGGUAGCAGUGUUUAUUUGGGUGGUAGUACGUAUUUAUUCAGUGAUUUAAUAAUAAUAAUAAUAAUAAUAAUACACUGAACAUUGCCCAUGUCUACAUUUUAUAUUGUUUGACUUUUAUUUUCCUUUGUUUGUGUUAAAAAUAUUUGUUUCUCACCAUGAUUUUGUAAGAGUAUUUUUUAACUCCUUUUGGCAACACAGAUGUGUAACCACUGACAGGAAGGUGGAACAUGACACUGAGGGACAGGAGACAAACUUUCUUUUUGGAUAUUGCGAUCUUACAGCAAAAAAAAAAAACAAAAACAAAACAAACAAACAAAAAAAAACACACUACACCAGAGUAUUUGUGACCAUGUUGUUAAUAAAAAUGUUUAUUGCCUAAAAGGGUACAGUGAUAUAUUGUUUGUUUUGAAUUUCCCCUUUUUUGACUACGUGCUUUCAAGUACAUGAAAUAAAGUUGUGAACAUGUCUUGCAUAAAUUAGGUGAUAUGAUUAAUUUGUGAGAGAUUUGUACAGGAAUCCACUUCAAGCGCGCCCUCUAGAGGACAUAACCCUGUUAGCACAAUUCCGUUUUA